AAUUCGUCAUUUCCUUCGGGGAGAAGAGCUUAACGGACCUGUUUUUUCUUUCGCUCAACCAAACUCGCAGAAUGAAGGAGGUGAAGAGCGAGAGGGAGCGAGGAAGCCGGCGAAGGCACCGGGAUGGGGACGUGGUGGCGGCAGCGACGGUGGUGGUGAAGCAGGAGCGCCUCAGCCCGGAAGCCGCGCCUCCAAUCCACCGCCGUUCGGACUUCUCCGGCGGCAGCCCGUCCCCACCGCCCGGCGAGGCCGGCCGCCCCGGCCACCGUGGAAACCGAGCCCGAGGAGUUAGCCGGUCCCCAGCCAAAAAGAAAAACAAGUCUUCAGGGAGAAGAAGCAAGUCUCCUCGGAAUAAGAGAAGCCGAAGUCCUCAUCACUCAACAGUCAAAGUGAAGCAGGAGCGGGAAGAUCAUCCCCGGAGAGGACGGGAGGAUCGACAGCAUCGUGAAUCAUCAGAACAGGAACACAGGAGAGCUAGGAACAGUGACCGAGAUAGACACCGGGGCCAUUCCCGCCAAAGGAGAAGUUCUGAUGAGAGGCCUGGGAGCGGGCAGGCCUCUGGACGGGACCGGGACAGCCAAAGCCUGCAGGCUCAGGAGGAAGAGCGGGAGUUUUAUAAUGCCAGGCGCCGGGAGCAUCGCCAGAAGAAUGAAAUCAGUGGCAGUGCUAAUGAGCCUCAGGAGGUGAUUCCUCGACCUGGUGGCAAUAAUAAAGACAAAGAGGUGCCUGCUAAAGAAAAACCAAGCUUUGAACUUUCUGGUGCACUUCUUGAGGACACCAACACUUUCCGGGGUGUAGUCAUUAAAUACAGUGAGCCCCCAGAAGCUCGUAUCCCCAAAAAACGAUGGCGUCUCUACCCCUUUAAAAAUGAUGAGGUACUUCCAGUCAUGUAUAUCCAUCGACAGAGUGCCUACCUUUUGGGUCGACACCGCCGCAUUGCAGACAUUCCAAUUGAUCAUCCCUCGUGUUCAAAGCAACAUGCAGUCUUUCAGUAUCGGCUUGUGGAAUACACCCGUGCUGAUGGCACAAUUGGCCGAAGGGUGAAGCCCUACAUCAUUGACCUUGGCUCAGGCAAUGGAACCUUCUUGAACAACAAGCGCAUUGAGCCACAGAGAUAUUAUGAACUGAAAGAAAAGGAUGUGCUUAAAUUUGGAUUCAGCAGCAGAGAGUAUGUCUUGCUCCAUGAGUCAUCAGAUACCUCUGAACUAGACAGAAAGGAAGAUGAGGAUGACGAGGAGGAGGAGGAAAUAGUGUCUGACAGCUAGCAAACUUAACCAAACCAUUGAGACAUUUUUUCUUCUUGGAAGACUUUAGGAUUGCCUCAAAGAGCACGGUGGUGCUCUCUGUAAUGCCUUUUAUUGCCUUAAGUCUUUCCUGUGUUGCUGACCAGCUUAUUUUACAGUGUAAGAACACUGACUUAGGUUUUGUUGAACUUUUUUCUGUGGCACAUCAGCCACGUGUCUGUGCCAUUUGUUUUCAGAAGAGUCUCAUCGAUUACAACACGUCGUUUUAGUAGAAGCAUUGUGGCUUUAGUUGGUGCUUUCAGAACUGCUGCCUAGGAAACUAACCCUUAUUUGAAGGGGAGUCAUGGCUUGUUCUCUUUGUAUAGUUACUUUAUUAUUUAUUUAGUUGUUAAGCUUUGUGGACCAGGAGUUUUUGUUUGGGGGCAAACCUCUAAACAGAAUCUUAAUAAGCUUUGGUUGUCACCAAAACAGCCUCCACCAAAGCUUUGACCUGGUUGAGCUCUUGAGUCAUAGAAGUUGAUUUUGCACUUAGCUUUUUUGGGGAGUGGGAGAGGAGGGGGUUUGCCGUGUGACCUCAUUAGUGACUGUUUAACUUAAACAGAUGCUUUAUGGCACCUGCUUAAGUACAUGACUGUACAGGAAGAUCUUGGCUACUACCAACUGGUGCUGAUUUAAUAUCAUGAGAGGCUGAAAUGCAUUGUGGAUCUGUUUCUUAAGAGAAAAGUCCUGAUUUCUUUAUAGAACAUGUAUAUAACAAUUUUGAUCAUCUUGUCUGUUCUAAAGUUUGCCUUUUUGUUCAAAUGUUAUUUCUCCUUUUUUCCCCCUUUGAGUAAUAACACUGUUGCUAAUGUGGCAGGAUCCUUAUUCUAACAACAUGUAUAUAUGUCUAAAGGAGAUUGUGUAGCUUACAUGUUUCUACACAUUUCAUCCUUAAAAAAAUUGUUCAAAGGUUGUAUUUACCAUCCAAGUCUGGAAAUCAAGGGGACUGUCCAGUUUCCAAAUUUUCUACCAGAGGACUAUGUGUAAGUAGGAAAAAAGUCUUUAACUACUUACAUAUAGUUUGUGUGUGUAUGUGUGUAUAUAUGUAUAUACAUAUAUAUACAUAUAUCUAUAUAUAUAUAUAGAUAUACAAAUUGUGUUAAAGAGCUGUGUACCAAUUUUCAUAAGACAAUGUUUUGUGAUAUAAAUGUAAUACCACAUGAUAGGCAAAGGCCUCCCUGCAUUUGAAGAGCAGGUUUUUGUUUAUAUGUAUUUUUGGGAUAAAAAAUAAAAUUUGUAAAUAUAGCCACAUUUCAAAGGGUAAUACUUUCCUAGCAUAGAGGGCUGUGUGUAUAUAGGUAUGUUUGCUGCUGAAGGAGUCUUUGUAUCCAGUGUUUUUAAAAUAAAAAUCGGUAGUCUUGUUGAGUGCCACUGAGAGACCAGGAACUAGUGAAGAGAGGACCUACAUCUGCCCUGGAAUCCAGUCUUCAGAUUACAGUGAGUGAAUAUUGGUUACCUUGAAGCAAUGGUGCUUUUCUGAACUGGCAGUGAAGGGUUUUUGCAUCCUAGAGUAUUCAGAACUUAAGGCAGGUUAGGUGUAAUUGGCCUUUCACACAGUGAAACACCAUCUCUACCAUUUCGUCCUCACGUGGUAGGGGUGCUGGGCAAAAGGAGAUGCAGCUCACUCAGUGCUGCUCUUGACUCUCCUAGGUUGAAACUUAGGCUGCUGUUGAGUUAGAUUCUCUUCUUUUCCACUGUUUUUACAUUAUGGUAUCACAUAUGCAGGUGUACUCAGGGGUAAAGUUUGGCUAGAGCAGGGAGGGGCAGCUCUGACUAGUGUUUAUUCAAAAGAAAUUGAAAGAUUCCCUUUGAAGAGUGACCACUUAAUAAGGCCAAUUAGAUGAAAGGUAAGAUUAAGGAAAACUACAGCAACCAAGGGAAUGACAAUUGCUACUUCACAUCCCAUGUGUUUUACACUGGCCCCUACAAUUGCUACUUAGUGCCGUAUGUCAGGUAAUACAUAUGUGCAUGUCUUAAAAGUAGAUUCUGUUUUGAUUAAUUUUUCUCUUGGGGCUUGAGUUCGAUCCUCAGCACCACAUAAAAAUAAAAGCAUUGUGUUGUGUCCAUCUACACCUAAAAAAUAAAUAUUAAAAAAAAUUUUUUUCCUCUUGACCCAGAUAAGUUUUCUUUCUGGGAUUAGGUAGUAAUCUGAUAAUCUUACUGCAGGGCCCCUUUAUUUGGUGUUUGUUGCUAAAAUUGCUCCUUGGUAGCCUUGAAUUUGGCUUCAAAACACCUUCCUUGUGGGCACUGUGAUAGGCUGCUUUGCCUACAUUAUUUAAAAAGAGGUCCCAAUUAUAUAGUGAACUUCUGCUUUAGUGGAGGAAUAACUUCCUAAAUUAAGGUAUUUUUCCCUUCCUUGCUUAACGUGGUGGCUCAUACCUGAAAAUACCAGUGACUAGGGAGGCUGAGGCAAGAAGUUUGCAAGUUUGAGGACAGCCUCAGCAAUUUUUCAAGGCCCCAAGCAAUUUAGUGAGACCCUCUCAAAAAAGGGGUAGGGAUAUAGCUCAGAGAUAAAGUGUCCCUAGUUUCACUCUCUAUUCCUAAAGAAAAAGAAAAGAAAAACACUGUCUCCAGAACCUAGAAACUCCUGUUCAUCGUGGCUAUUUGCUGCUGCUUCAUUCUUUCUCCUCUGGGGCUGGCUUUUCUGUGAAUCAUUGCUGUCAAAAUCAAAGCUACAUGCAAAACAGCCCUUUGCUUCUGAGUCCCCCCUCCCCCAAGUCUUCUGUGGUCAUCCACAAUUCUGCGGAGGUAUGAGACAAAAUCUUCAGGUUUUCCCCAUUGGGCCUCUAUUUUCUUUUCCUCUCUAGUGCCUGGGAUUGAGCCCAGGGGCCUCUACCACUGAGCUAUGUCCAUAGGAUCUCACUCAUUAAGUUGCUAAGGCUGGCCUAGAACUUAAUCCUACCUCAGCCCUCAAAUUGCUGAGUUCAUGGAAGUGUGCCACAGUGCCCAGCUCCCAUCAGUCUUCUAGCAACUCUAACCCACUCACUCGUUCUAUUAUUGACCAAGGAUAGCUCAUUAAGUGCCAUUGGUGAUGUAACUUUAUAUUACUUUAUUGUGUGCUGGUGAUAAGAUGAAACAGAAGUAACCAAGAUAAUAAACUUUUAAGAAAAAUUUUUAUUGUUUUGAGUGUGUUAGUAUACAAUAGCUUAGUUUUAAAGAACUUUGAACUUAAAUAUGUAUUUCAGGUUGAGUAUCCUUUGAUAUGUUGCACAGGUAGUUAUAUUUUUUAACAUCCUUCCUUUUGAAAAUGAGUUGUGGAUCUGAGGAACAAAAUGUCCUGUUAAUUAGAGUCUAAAUGUGGCACACAAUGUCAGCAAUGCCUAUUUAAGAAAUAAUGUUCUGGUCAUGUGAGUUUAUAUCAAGUGAAAAGGCUACUUGGUUUAAAUUAAAAUUAUGGAUCUUAAA